AUUUGUGUCCAUCUUUGAGUCCUGAGUCUUUUUCGGCGCACAUGGUGUGAUCUAUGCACACAGCAUCAGUUGCAACGCAGCAGAAAAACGGGGACAACGGCAAGAAAACUGUUAGAUCCAAGAGGAAGAGGGCGGUGUCUGCGCGUUGUGGCCGGAGGCGGGCACAAUGCCGCGCCUCCGCCUCCCUCUGGUCCUCCUCCUCCCCAUAACCCUCACCAUCCUCCUCCUCCUCCUCUUCAUGUCUUCCCCACGCCCACGCCCGCCCACGCCGCAGCCGCUCCCCUGCGGCGCCGCGCUCUCGGAUGCGGCCGACGGCCGGUGGGUGCCGACUCCGUCCCCCGCGCCGCCACCGCUCUACUCCCCAUCCUGCCCCUUCCACCGCAACGCCUGGAACUGCCUCCGCAACGGCCGCCCCCAGCUCGCGGCGCUCUCCUGGGCACCCAACCGCUGCGGCGGCGCUGUCGUCCCGAGGAUCAACGCCGUGGGGUUCCUGGCCGCGGCCAGGGGCAGACGGGUCGGGCUCGUGGGGGACUCGCUUUCUGAGAACCUCGUUGUCGCGCUGCUCUGCGCGCUCCGCUCGGCAGACGACGGCGCGCGCAAGUGGAAGCGGCGAGGCGCGUGGCGCGGAGGGUACUUUCCGAGGGAGGACGUCGUCGUCGCCUACCACCGCGCCGUCCUGCUCGCCAAGUACACGUCACCUGUGGAGAAGUCCAAAGAACUUCAGAAGGAUGGAAUAAAAGGAACUUACAGAGUGGAUAUUGACAUCCCUGCUGAUGAUUGGGUAAAUGUCACAAAGUUCUAUGAUGUGCUAAUUUUCAACACCGGACACUGGUGGAAUACAUAUAAAUUUUCAAAAGAGACUCCCCUGGUUUUCUACAAAGGAGGAAAGCCGAUUGAGCCUCCACUUGGCAUGCACGAUGGACUGAAAGUAGUUCUGAAAAGUAUGGCCUCUUACAUUGAAAGGGAGGUUCCCGGGAAAACACUGAAGCUGUGGCGCACACAAUCACCUAGGCACUUCUAUGGAGGCGAGUGGGAUCACAAUGGCAGCUGUGUAUCUGAUAGACUCCUUGAAGAGCAUGAGCUCGAUUCUUGGUUUGAUCCCCGGUUUGGGGGAGUGAACAAAGAUGCGAGAAUGGUGAAUUCAGCAAUCCAGGAAGCCCUAGUUGGCACUGAUAUUCAGUUGCUCAACCUGACUCACAUGAGCGAGUUCCGUGCUGACGCCCAUCCAGCUAUCUGGCUUGGCAAGAAGGACGCGGUGGCUGUCUACGGACAGGACUGCAUGCAUUGGUGCCUGCCUGGCGUGCCGGACACAUGGGUCGACAUCUUGGCUGCACAGAUCUUGCAUUACUUUCUGCAGGGAAAAGGUUGAUUGCCUUGCUGAAGUUAGAAUCCUUGUUGACAUUUUUUUGCCUAACGGAACGAACUGCGCCUUGUAAUUUCGAACGGGGGGAGUAGACCCGAAUGGAGAAUGAUGCCAAGGCCCCCAUUACGAUGUCUCGAAGAGGGGAAAUGUCCCGUGGGUGUCAUGUCCUGAUCGAUCUCCUGAUCACAUCCUCCCCCUCGUAGGAGGUCACUUCGACCACUCAGGAGUACCUGGUCCGGAUCCGACUAUUGGAGACUCCGGACGGCUAGUGAAUGUUCUGUGUUGUACAAUUCACAACCUAACUUUUAUAGUCUCUGACAAAUACGUUUUCCAUAAUGGCCUGCUGUGAUACUUUUUUGUCUCGAAUAUUAUUCCAUUUCUUCAA